GCGAACUGCAUGGCUCAUUGCAAUCUGAAGGCAGCUCUGCCGCGAAGAAUAUCUUGCUACCUGUUCUCAGUACGCAGAGAAGCUUGGGAACAAGCGGAAGGGGGAAUGGAAUUCUUGCACUCCAUCUGAAGUACAAAAUCAGCUAGGAAUGAUCACAAGCCUUGCACCGCUAGCUACGAGAGAUGCAUCCACUCGACAAUACACACCAGCUAUGGCCAGCACCGUGACCGCCCCAAUCGUUCUAACCCUAGUCCUUGACCCCAAAUCCCAGCACUUCUUCGACACAUUGCGGGAGGAACACUUUCCCAAGGAACGUAGCUUCCUCAAGGCGCAUCUCACCUUGUUCCAUCACUUACCAAGCCAUAACUACGACAACAUCCGCUCGCAGAUUGAAGAAACGGCAACAGCGGAAGCGCCUCUGCCGAUUGCGGUCACAGGGGUGCGAAAUCUCGGGCGCGGGGUGGCGUUCACGCUCGAGAGCCAGCGGCUGCGAGCGUUGCACAAGCGGCUGCAGAGGCAGUGGCACCCGGAGCUGACGCCGCAGGACCAGCAGCGGCUCUACCCCCACAUCACGGUUCAGAACAAGGUUGACGCUGCCGCAGCGGCGGCAUUGCACCGCGAGUUAGCCGCGCAGUUCCAGCCGUUCGAGGCUACGGGCACUGCGCUGCAGCUGUGGGCGUACCGCGGCGGGCCAUGGGAGCCGCUCCACGUCUUCCCGUUUCUGAAGCAACCGGCGUCGCAGGCGAGUUCCUCUUGAACAAAGAAGGGUCUUCAUAAUGAGAAGAGGGACUUCAGAUCAAGUCCCCUUUCAACUUCAUCCGUGGAUGAGCUGCUAGGGUUUAUUGAAUUCCUUGUGCCUUGCAGCCAAAGAUGCAUCAUUUUUCCUUUUCUUUUUCUUUUCUUUUCUUUUCUUUUGCUUCUCUUUUAUCUAUUUAUUAUUUCCACUGUAUUAUAGAGUACUCGAAAACAUUUGUGAGUGCGUUAUUGAGCAAAUGGAAUUAGUUUUUGUAAAAUUUGGUAGAUUCUAUUGCUUCUUUGGCGACACAUGUUCUAGAGACCCUGCUUGCAAAUUUCACGUGAACUUUAGUAAUCACUUUCAUGCUUUUAAAAACAUUACAUCUUUGAAGCAUGAAUGCAGGAAUUUUUAUUCCAAAUAAAUCUCAUGUUUUUUACAAAUCCAAUUAAUAUUUUAAAAAGUAA